ACAACAUUUCAGAGAAUCCCUUAAUUCACUAAACUCUCCCCAUUCUUUGAUCCUCUGCAAAGUCUUCAUUAACAGUCCCGAAGAUUUGCUCUUUCAAUUAUUAUUAGCUAGUAGUAGUUUCAUACAGAUUCAAAGAUCAGACCAAACCCACUUCUUGUUUUGUCUUAAUACAAAUAAGUCUUGGUCUUCUUCAUCUUCUUCUUCUUGCAUUUGUGUUAUUCAAACAACAUAGUCAUGGAUGUUGGAGAAAGAAACAAUGGAAAAAAUGUCAUCCUUCACCGUCUGCCGGCAACAUCUUCGGAGAACAUCAAGUAUGAGUUAAGCCGGACCUUCUCCUUGCAGAAAACGUUGAUGAUUCCGGCGAGUUACUAUAGUUUAGGGUCUCUGGUUGUACUGGUGGGUUUAACGGCAUCACUGUUAAUCCUUCCGUUAGUUCUGCCACCAUUGCCUCCGCCACCGUUUAUGCUGCUUUUGAUUCCGCUUGGGAUUAUGGUUUUACUAGUCGUUCUUGCCUUCAUGCCUUCUUCUUCUAAGGCCAAAGAUGUAACUUGCCCUUUGAUGUAAAUCUCUUACUCUCUGUUUCAUAUUAAUUGUUACUUUUAACGUACUUUUUUGUUUUAAAAUAAGAGCCAUUAUACCAUUCUAAUGUAA